AUGUCCCUCUACCAACGCGCUCAGAACAUCGACGCUGUCGCACAAUCCUCCCUGCUCCCACAAGCCAAUACGGCUCUCUCCCAAGCUCUUUCUUAUGCUCUUGAAAACUCCGCCGCAAACAGCCUUCCGCCCAUAACCAUCUCCCCUUUACAAGGCCAAUACCUGGCGAUCCAAGCACAGCUGAUCAACGCGAAGAACAUCCUAGAAGUCGGCACGCUGGGAGGUUAUUCGACACUCUGGUUCUUGAGUGCCGGCGCCCACGUCACUUCUCUCGAGAUAAACCCUCAUCAUCGUGACGUGGCGAUCGAAAACCUAAGGCAUGCGGGCUACGAAGAGGAGAAGGAUUUUGAAAUCAUCCUCGGACCCGCGUUGGACAGCCUCCCCAAACUUCUUGUACAACAACAGAACGGCAAAAGGGCCAAGUUCGACUUGAUCUUCAUUGACGCCGACUGGGCCGAGCAAUACGAUUAUUUCCAAUGCGCCGUGCAGCUCGCGUGCCCAAAUGCCUGCAUUUACAUCGACAACGUCGUUCGUGAGAUACUCGAGGGAACCGAUAGUGAAGAUCUGGAAGCUGGGCGGAAGGAGAGUGUGCCGGUCAAGGUAGGGAAAGACGACAGAGUAAAGGCCACACUGGUGAGUGUGGUCAGUAGCCACAAGGGACGCGAAAGCGAGACGUUUGAUGGCUUUCUCUUGGCCGUUGUGAAGGGGUAG